AUGCAGCACAGUCCCGCCCCCUUUCCAUCUUCAUCCACACCAAACUCCUUUAUGGACACGUUUGAUUUUGGUAAUCCCGACUUCUCCACGACCAACUCGGGCAUCGAGGACCUCAAUAUCUUUCCCAGCAGCGGCGCUGCGCCGUCCGUCUCGUCUCAGCACAAUCCACACUCCGAAGCUGGCUCAGCGCCUGUCAGUCAUCAUCCGAGUCCCUCGGCUACUUUCAGCCACGCCGGACCCUCGUCUGACUCGACUGCCGUUCCAUCACAGCAUUCGAGUUCCAACGGCCAUGGCGCGGGCAUCUACAUGACCAAUACAUCGCAUGCUAGCUCGCCCUUAGCAUUCAGCCGUAAUCGCUUCGAUGCCAACUCCUCCGCGAGCCCACAAGCCGGAGGCAGCGAGCACGGCCAUGGUCACCAUCGUCAGCCAUCCGCUGAGCCAUCCGACGUCAACUUUGGCAGCUCCAACUUUGGCGAUCAGAGCAGAGCCGGGCCCUCCAUGCAAGCCAUGCAUUCGGCAUCCAACGAUCAGGACGGCAGCAUGCCGCAGCUGUCCAUCUCGGACUUGCAGCGCAUGCUUCUCGAGCGAGAGAGGACGGAAAGGAUUCAAAACAUGCAGACCGCCCUCUUGAAGCAGCAGCUCGACCAGCUCUCGCGCCUGCAGCAGCAACAACAACACAUGCAGGGCCAGCAGCACCCACAACAACAACAACAGCAGCAGCAGCAGCAGCAGCAGCAGCAGCCUUCUCAACAGCAGCAUUCACAACAUCAACAGCCGCACGGUCAAAACAUCCAAGGAAGCGGACCUUCAUCAAAUUUGCAGCUCAACUUGUCCGGUUCUGCUGGUCAGCUCUCGCCAGGACAGCAGCAGAGCCUUCUUAUGGCGCUUCAGAAUGCGUUCGCCGCCGGCAACAACCCCAGUGCGCAUCACAAUGUGUUGCAGGCUGCCCAGUACCAGCAGCAACAGCAACAGCAGCAGCUUUCUCAGGGACAGCAUGCGUGGCAGCAGCAGCAGCAGCCACAACAAACGAACGGCGCUCAAGGUCAGCCGGGCAACAGCAACGAUCAGUCCAACGUGCUGGCGCAGUACGGUCUCAUCACCCCCAUUGGCUCUGGUCCCUUCAACAGUUCCGCGUGUCCACCAGGUUCAGCCAACUUUAUGUCGCCCCUCACUAUCCAGCCCAACUCGCAGCCAGGAAGUGCAGGCAUCGAGCACCGGCCGGGUACCGACUAUCUUGCCAAUUACACGCCGCUCGAGUCGCCUGCUGUCACCCCGGCAAGCGUAUUUUCCACCGGCAGCACCGGCAUCGUCAUGUCGGAGCUCUUUUCCCCACUCACAUCGCCUGCGCUCGGCCCGCAGCCACCAAGUCUCGGCGAGAUGAUGCUGCCGCCGGCGCAGCUGCACCAGCCACACCAUCAGCAUGCGGCGCAACAGCCUAGCCUGCACGGCUCGCCUGCCGUGAGCGCCGUCAGCAACAACUUUACCCCCACCGCCUCGCCGCUCGCCCUCAUCGCAAAAGGUUCGUCCAAGAUUCGAAAGAACCGCAGCACGACGGCAGAAUCGCGUGCCAACAAGGUGCGACCUUCGCCCUUGAUGAAGCCCGUCUCGGGUCCAUCGUUGAAGAAGAAGAAAGAUUCAAGCACUCUCGCCUCGCCCAGCACAGCGACGCCGCUUGCCAGCGCGAAUGGGCACACCAGUGUUGGUGCCUCCGGCCCGGGGUCGCGAAGAGCGUCCGUCGCGACCGCACCGGACGCUGGUACAGCGAGCGGCUCGCACUCGAGGCAUCAGUCUACGGACGUGGCUCAGAGCGAGGGCACUUCGUCGACUCCUUCGCCGAUCGACUUGUCCGGCGGUGGUUCCAUGCUUCCUCCCUCUGGACCGACAAACAAGAUCCUCACACCCAGCUCCAUCAUGGGCAUCCGAUCGAGUCCCGGCAGUGCGGAUCAGCGUUCGCCAAGCAGCCGCACAGGCUCUGGCGGCGCCUCGUCGUCUGCUCUCAAGGCCAAGAUUCGCGACGAUGUUCAACAGUCCCAACAGCAGCAGCAGCAGAUGGCGAUGCAGCAAUCGCAACAGCAGCCGAUACCGGUAGGAAUGCCCGGUCAGCACGUCUAUCCCAACAUUGCGCCUUUCCCAUCCGCAGCACAAGCCGCGGGGCCGAAAGUGACCUUCAACCUUCCGGGACACGGUAUGCCCAUUCAGCCCGGUGGACUUUCGCAAGCCGAUCGCGAUGCCUGGAUGACGUACAAAUCGGCGGGAGGACUCGAGUCGCGCCGAACUUCGCACAAGGCGGCGGAGCAGAAACGCAGAGACUCGCUCAAGUUCUGCUUCGACGAGCUUCGAGGUCUGCUGCCGGCCAUCACGCUGGACGAAGAUGCACCCAACGGCUCGUUGCUCGGUCCGGACGGAGUCGAGGAGGAUCGCGAAGCGGAGCACUUUGAUCCCGCCGAGGUCGGCGACCCGGAGAUGGCGCGUGCCGCCAACAAGGCCAUCUCGAAGGUGGCGCUGUUGAGGCACAGCAACGAGUAUCUGGUGCGGAUGAAGAAGCGUCUCGAGAGGAGAGACCAGGCGCUGCUGGUGUGCAGGAGAGAAGUGGACGAGUUGAGGCAGAAGCUAGGGUUGCCGCCGUCGGACGACCCGAGCAUUACGGGCAAGGGCGCGCCGUUGGGUUGGACCGAUGAGAGUAUGAUGGCGUUCGAGCUGAGUAUGGGCGCAGAGAUGGAUGGGGAGGUGGGGAGCGAGGAGGAUGGCAAGUUGGAGAUGGAUCAGACUGCGUAG